AUGAAAGUCUUUACUCGCGACCAGAUUGCCCAGGCCAACCCGGAGGACUCCCUGCUCUGCAUCAUUGACUCCCAGGUUUACGACCUGACCGACUUUGUCGAUGCUCACCCUGGUGGAGAAGCAGUCCUUCGUCAGGUUGCCGGCCAGGAUGCGACCGCGGAAUUCUAUAAUGUUCACCGGCACGAGGUUCUCCGGAAAUACUCGUCGCUCCAUGUUGGUCGAAUUGAAGGCGAGGAAAGCCAGGUUGUCCAACGGCAGCCGGGAGACAUCAGUCCGGUGCCCUAUGGAGAGCCAUUAUGGCUGAGACCGGAGUACAAAAGCCCGUACUACAAAAAAAGCCACCGGCUGUUGCAGCAGGCCAUGCGGAAAUUCAUGGAAGAAGAGGUCGAAGAAGAGGCCAGGAGAUGCGAAGAGACCGGGGAGAUCAUCAGUGACAGAUUAGUUCGGCUCAUGGCUGAAAAUAAUAUUCUCGCCAUGCGGAUGGGUCCUGGCGAGCAUCUUCAUGGUCGAACAUUGUUGGGUGGCGUCGUUCAACCCGAGGAAUUUGACUAUUUCCAUGAUCAAAUUGUCCAGCAAGAGAUUGGGUACGUCUCCGCUAGAGGAUUCAUGGAUGGGAACAUGACCGGCAUGACUAUUUCUCUAUCUGUCAUUAUGAAGUAUUGCAACAACGAAGCUUUGAGAAAGAAAGUCUUGGAUGAGUGCCUUUCUGGGCGCAAAAAGAUCUGCCUUGCCGUGUCUGAGGCCUUUGCCGGCUCUGACGUGGCAGGGAUGAGGACAACCGUGGAGAAGUCCCAGGAUGGAUCCCACUAUGUCUUCUCAGGAACCAAGAAAUGGAUCACAAACGGUGUGUUCAGUGACUAUUUUAUCACUGCCGCAAAGACUCCAAAAGGAAUGUCUGUAUUCCUAGUGGAGAGGAGCGAAGGGCUCGAGACCAAACCGAUCAAGACCAGCUAUAGUGCCUCUGCUGGCACAGCAUUUGUGACAUAUGAACAAGUCAAGGUCCCUGCAAGUCAUCUCAUGGGAGAAGAACACAAGGGAUUUGCAGUGGUGAUGAAUAACUUCAACCAUGAGAGAUGGUUUGUGACGUGCGCGGUGAUCCGCCAGAUGCGAGUUGUCACCGAGGAAUGUCUGAAGUGGUCGAACCAACGCAUGAUAUUUGGCAAAAGACUUAUUGAGCAGCCAGUCAUCAGAGCCAGGCUGGCUAAGAUGAUUGCUCAUUGUGAAGCCAACCAGGCAUACCUGGAAACCAUCACGCAUCAAAUGCAGCAGACGCCGGAAUCAGAAAAAAGCAAACUCGGUGGCCCAAUUGGGCUCCUCAAGAUGUUUGCGACGAGAUCAGCCCAUGAGAUUGCAGACGAGUCUGUGCAAGUCUUUGGUGGGCGCGCUCUUACCAGGACUGGUAUGGGGAGGGCUAUCGAGCUGUUCCAUCGAACAUACAAAUUCGAUGCUAUCCUGGCUGGCACAGAGGAGAUCCUUGGCGACCUCGGGGUCCGGCAAGCCAUGAAACGUUUCCCCAAAGCGAUGUUGUAA